GGGAGAUGGAGGGGAUAAAAAGGAGAAAGGGGGUGAGAGAGACCAUAAACUGUCCUCCUUUGCAGAGUAUGAGUCGUGCUUUUUUUGUCAGUGUCACAUGGAUGGGUGUCUUUAUUUUUGCGGGUGGAGUGAGAGAUCAGAGGGUCCAGGGCAUGGUUGCCAAGACAAUGACUGACCCCCACCCCACCCCCCACAACAUAUAAAUCAAUAUGGAUAACUUAAACUAGCAGACACCACUGUUUCGUGACUUGGAUCUUAUUCCUGAGGUGGGCCUGGGAUCCACACACCUGUUCCUGUUGCCAUCUUCUUGGAAGUCUCUGGGUCGGAAUAGGCCAGCCUUCACCAAGCUGCUGCUCUCUAGAUGUUUGGGACUUCCACUCCCUUCAGUCUCAGCUGGCACAGUUGUACUUCUGUUAGGGUUGCCGGCCAACACAAGCUUGAGACAGCUGCCUGGAUGAGUUUCCUUUUAUGUUGGCUAAACAUAUGCUUUUCAGCAGAUAACGAUUCCUUAUUCAGUGAAGUCCUGUCAGACCCCUUUCCCUCCCCAGGGUUACAACUGUUCUACACUAACCGGUAAGAUACGACAACUUGGGCUCUCAGAGGACCUUCUAGGAGCUGUGGCUUUUCCAAUUGCCAAAGCCAUGUUAAAAACUAGGUUAUGGGACAUAGAGCUUCAGGAACUGACUUUAGCUGCGAGAAAAACAUGUUCCCCUCUUUAUUUUCAACUCUCUUGGGAGCAGGAAUCUAAUCCUAAUUAUUUACAAUUUCUGUUUUACCCGCAAGAAAGAAGGGCUUUCUUGCUAGCUAGGUUCAACACCAACCCCUCUAACCUCCUCAGGGAUAGGUUCGCAGGGACGGCAGAAGGAGACAGGAUCUGCCCAUGCGACACCCAUCUGGUGGAAACUUUAGCUUAUAUGGUCCUUAAAUGCAAAAUGUAUGAUGACAUCCGCCAGCAAUACCUGGACCAACUAUGUAUCCCUAAAUGGAAACCAGAGAUAGAGGUUAUACGCUUCCUAUUACAGGGGAGAGACCAGGAGUGUACCAAGAUUGUAGCUAAAUUCCUCUAUUUGAUCUUUUGCUGUCGAAGUACACUACAGGAUCCUGCCCCCAUUGGAUACCCAUAGAGGUGAAAUAAAUUGCUGGCCUUCUUUCCCCUUUGGCAAGUGACUGUUCUGAUAAGCCGGCGACAAGAUCGCACUGGAUUAUGUAUUUUAAAUGUUUGGAAAUUAUGCCAAUAAAGGUUAAAUGAAUGAAUGUUAGGGUUGCCAUACGUCUGGAAUUUCCCAGACAUAUCCGGAAUACCGUGCUCAGCAGCAGUGUCCAGGCGGUAAUCACAAAAAUAUCCAGGAAAAUCCAGGCGUAAGGCAACCCUAACAGAAGCACAACUGUGCCAGCAAAGCUCAACAACUUUGCCCAACCCGCCUCCAGCCCCCACCCCAACAACUCCCCCCCCCAAAAAGCUCAACCUUCAAUUCUGUCAGCCCUGGCAUCUACAGCUGUGUUGACUAGGUCUGAUGGGAGCUAUAGUCCAGAACAUCUGGAGGACACCGGGGUUGAAGAAUGCUGGAACAGGAAGCAGGAAAUACUCUUGCCCAUCAGCACCCUUGUUUAUAUGAAGUUCUGAUUACAUUUUCUUUGUCCCUUGUGGGGAAAAGGAGCUGGGACUGGGCUAGGUGGCUAAAGGUUUGAGCCAGCAUAAAGCAGAUGAAUUUAUUCUUAGCAUUCAAAAAAGAUUACCCAAUAAUGGGAUCACAGUAAAGAGCAUAUGCUCUUUCUUUUGGUGGUGUUUCAAAGUAAACGGGGGUAGGGCGUGGGGUUUUUGUUAGAGAGGCGUUUUACCUGAGUGUUUGAAGGGAAUCUUUUCCUCUCUCUCAGGCCAAAGCUUAAGUGUGCUCCAUAGGAACUCAGUUGCCUCAUACUGAGUUGGACUGUUGGUUCAUCUCGCUCAGCAUUGUCUACACCGACUGGCAGCAGCUGUUGUAAGGUUUCAUAUGGGCAGCAUUCACAGCCCUACCUGGAGAUGUCAGAGAUUGAAAAAUUGGGUCUUCUGCAUGCAGAGCAGGUGCUCUGCCACUAAGCCACAGUCGCUCUGGCUCUUGUUACUGGCUGAAUAUAAUUCCUUGCAUUUGGAGUGCUUGUAACAUGAGCCUAGGAGUCCCACGGAUUGUGAAUUUCCAAGGAGGAGUACAUUCACAGAAUGGUGCUGCUUCUCUUUUUAAGUAAACAGUAGGAAAAUAAAGAAGUAAACCAUUCUGCCCCAGCCUGGUGCCAUCUAGGUAUUGCUGUACGUUGUUUUAAAUGGCUUUUAUCAAUAUGCUUUAAUUAAUGUAAUGAGAGUGAAGGAUGGGCAAGAAAUUAAAAUAAGUACUAUAACUACUAAUAUCACCCCUGAUGGGAGUUGUGAUUCAAAAUGGCUGAAAGGCACCAGAUUGAGCUUGUUAUAUCCAUAUGUAUGUAUGUUUGUGUGUGUGUUAGUGAGGUAAUGAGAAGAUACUGCUUAGGCUUAAUGAUGGUUUAUGAACAUAUGUAAUUAUAUUUCAUAAGACCUGCUGUCUUGUGAUGAAAAGGAAGGAAUUUAUUUAUUUCUGUCAUUCAUUUUGUAACAGUUUGCUGAACCAUUCAGUGGUGUCUGGAUUGCAAGCUUCUUGUGGGCAGGGACCUGCAUUUUUGUGUUUUUCGAUGUAACAGACUAUGAAUUUUCAGACAUUCAGAAACAUGGGAUUAUUCGAACAUAAUCAUUGACCAUCAUCAUAUCUCUCUCUCUGUGUUUGUGUGUGUGAUUUAAUUGAAAUCAAUAAAAUUACCAGCUUGGUCACAGUAGAAUGAUAAGUGUGCAGCAAAUCAAAAUGAAUGAAGUUAAAGAAUAAUGCUAUGUAAGAGACUGCUUCAAUGAGGCAUGAUGUAAGUUAAUUACACUGUCAUUUUGCCAAUCUGCUGAGUGACUCCUGCAUAUUGUCCAUUUUUCAUUGCUCUCCCUUCUCAUUCUUGUUCAAAAGGAAUGUGGGUGGAUCAAACAAUACUUUUUGGCAAACAGAGAAAUCCAUUGUAAGUGUUUUGAACCUGACUUUCAGAAUAAGGGGAGUGGGGGGCCAGUGGGUCACUAGUGGCUGUGAAGCAAGGGCUAGGAGCAAGAUUCUGUGCACAGCUAGGGAUGCUGAAGCCUGCUGAGUUCUUUCUGCCCAUCUUUCUCUCCAACCAGCUGCUCUCUCUUUUUCCCUAUCUUUUAUGUCUGUCUUUCUUUCUCUGUUACCCAUUUCUUCCCCCUGCCAUCUUAUUAUUACUAUUGUUAUACAUUUAUUUAUACUCCGCCUUUUCCCCUGACGGGACUCAAAGCAGUUUAUAGAAAAGAACUGCUAAACAAUAAUAGAAAAAGCAAUAAUUAAAAAAAACAUUGAUGGAAUUAAAACCACGUACAUAUACGGUAAUUAAAGUCCUGUUUAAACCAUACAAAUAAUUACAAUAAAAACAGCACAGCACCAGCCCUUUCAUUAAGAGCAGUCAGUUACCAAAAGCCUGUUAGAACAAGAAAGACUUCACCUGCCAGCGCAAGGACAGCAAGGAGGGAGCCACUCACUUUCACGGUGCAGGCGUACUAGCUUUGACUGUGCAAAUGCACUCCUGGCCACUGCAGAGACCUGGGCAUCCAUGUUUAGGGUGGAGUCCGGUAGCAUGCCCCAAACUGCAAACCUGUGCCUUCACAGGGAGAGUUACCCCACCCAGCGCAGACUGAAUUCUUAUUCAUUGUUCUGCUUUCCAAAUGACCAAAAGCACCUCUGUCUUGCCUGGACUAACUUUCAGUUUGUUCAACCUCCUCCAAUCCAUUCCUGAGACAGCUUCCUUGGAUUUGGGUGGAAAAGAUAAAUAAAGCUGGGUGUCAUCAGCAUCCUGGUGACACCAAACCCCAAAACUCUGGACAACCUCUCUCAGCUCCACUUCAUGAGAGGGGAUGCUCAGGAGUGAUCAUGUCAACCGCCAUUCCAGAGAUCCACCAGGGCUUUGACAGAAUCACCUGCCAAGGCAAUAGGAAACUCCAAAAGAGCCAUCAGGAAACCAUCCAGAUCCAUCAGCCUUCUGGGGCACACCUCUUAAUCAGCCCCCCACCCCUGGAGAGGUUCUCAGUUCCAGAGAAUCUAAACCCCACCGGUAAUGAUCUGACCACGACAAGGGAAUGGUAGAAAUUUCCUCCACUCUGUUAAUCCCCAUCUUCCCAUCCUCAUCUUCCCUAUGCGCCUUGCCCCGUUGCGUCCUUCUCACAUUGCCCUCCAGCUGUAGAGCACCUUGAAAAGGACACAACAGCUCACGGCCCCCUGUGCCCUUUCUUUUGAAAAGGCAUUUAUUAUUUAAACUAUUUUCAAUGCUGCAGUUUAUGAACAAGGAGAAGGAGGUCAAGCAUAAUUCCAGGUGUCUGGAAAUGUGUCAUUUUUACAACAAUGGGGUAAUCAGUGCUACAGGGGGAGGUAAAGGUAAAGGGACCCCUGACCAUUAGGUCCAGUUGCGGACGACUCUGGGGUUGCGACGCUCAUCUCGCUUUACUGGCCGAGGGAGCCGGCGUACAGCUUCCGUCCGGGUCAAGUGGCCAGCAUGACUAAGCCGCUUCUGGCAAACCAGAGCAGCGCACGGAAACGCUGUUUACCUUCCCGCCGGAGUGGUUCCUAUUUAUCUACUUGCACUUCAUGCUUUCAAAUUGCUAGGUUGGCAGGAGCAGGGACCAAGCAACGGGAGCUCACCCCGUCACAGGGAUUCGAACUGCCAGCUUUCUGAUCGGCAAGCCCUAGGCUCUGUGGUUUAGACCACAGUGCCACCCAUGUCCAAUUAGCUAUCUCCCAACAUUAUUCUAAGCUUAAUUGCCUAUUAUCAUAAUUAAUUGCCAUGAGGACUACACCACAAACUCACAUCAUUUUUAUACCAGUUUAACUGUCAUGGCUUCCCUCAGAGAAUCCUGGAAACCAUUGUUUGCUGGGGUUGCUGAAAAUUCUCCAGUGGGGGUCCUUAGCCCUCCUCACACAGCAUUAGUUCCUGGUGGAUUUCUGGCAGAGAGAAAGAUGGCUUAAGCCACCUUCACUUUGCCAUGUAGAUAUGUCCAAAGGCUUCCAUGGUACAAUGACAACUUGGCCGCAGCUGAGGAGACUGGAAUGAUUUAAGGAGACCCAUUCUGAGAGUGUGGGAGAGAUUCCUGAGCUUUCUUUUGUUUGAGCUCUCGCUCUCCCUCUAUCCCAGGAACACAUGCUUUUAAUCCCCACCAGAGCCUGUGGCCUCUGUGCCACGCUUAUAGUGGCAACCCCAGCAAAUAGCUGGUCUCCCUGGCUGAGAAUUAGUUGAAGAGAAGAGUCAAAGGAGAGGAGGACUAGGUUGCCCUUAACAAAGAUGGCUUACCUGAGCCACGAACAAAAGCUUCUUGCUUGCAUGACCUUGGCUCUGAACCUCGGAGAAUAUGUCCCUAACCUGGUGCCCUCCAGAUGUUUUCGUUGGACCAAGUGAUUGGACGCGGUAAGUCCAAAACAUCUGCAGGCCAUCAUGUUGACAAAGGCUUCCCCUCAGCAACCUCACAUUCCACACCAAAGCCACAAGAAUCCUUGACGCGGCACAUUAAGUAAAUUGUCUGUCUGAGAAAUUCCCAGUCUUUGUUGUGAUACAUGUCUUUGGGUAAGCGUCAUGUCCAACCCAGCCUUGCUUGACCCAGAGUUUACCUUUUUUCUUUUUCUUUCCAUCAUGGGUGGCAAGUAUUUGUGGUAAGUUUUGAAAAGUAUGAGUUCUCCAUAACGGUGCCCUCUGCCCCUGGAGAAUCUAAAAUGCAGCCCCACUAGAUUCUCUGGUCUCCUUUAUGCUGAUCUGCUACAAUCGAUGCUCAAAAGCCUCGUUUUUCACCAGAGCAUCCUUCCUCGCUCCUGCAUUCCCCCUGCACUACAGCUCUGUGCACAGUGGAAGGGCUUUUGGUGGUAGCUGGCCUGUCCCGACAUAUUCUUCCAUCAAAGUUUUGGAAAGAUUUCUCUGGAGGGUUGUGCACACACAGGGGAGAGGCAGCAUGGGACCAUGGAUAAGAAGCUGGGGAGAGACGGAGGCAGAACAAGCACAGGCUUCCCAGCCUUCCAGGCCUGCCUUGCAAACUUGCCUCUCUUUAGUGCUAUCAUUCAUAGCUAGGCAGGUUUCAGCAUGAGAGCCCAGCUUUCUUGGUGGUGGAAUCCAAGACCUUGGAACGUGCUCCCCAUGGAGAUCUGCUUGGCUCCUCUUUCUUUUCAGACAAAGUGAAAACAUUUUGAUUCAUACAGGAGUUUAAUAUUUUGUUUUGCUGCCAUUUUUAAUUAUGAAUCUCCUCAGCAAGGGUACCCCACCAUUUUGGCACUGCCAACAAUAAGUGUUUUAGAUCUGUAGUUUUAAUGCUGCAGAUACUGUUGUAACAUUGUUUGUUUUCUGCUGGUAAGCUGCUCUUUGUUUUAGUCAAAGAGUGGGAUAUAAACUUUAAAAAAUAAUAGACAGGCAAAUCAAAUUUCCAGGUUUUGAUAUGUAGUCUUGAGGGCUGGGAACUUGUGUAAGCUAACAUUCUGAGGCGUUUAAUAGGUGGCGGCAGCUGGUGGCCCUCGCCCAAGUUAACUGACCCAUACUUGGCCCUGGCCCAAGCGUACCUGUUGUGAGAUUGAUGCUGAGCACAGCAAGUGUUCUUUAGAAAGAGGUGUGGCUGCAAAAGCACAUAGGUAGCCUUCAUACAGGAAUCUGGGAGCGGAAUGCUUGAAAACUAGGGCCACUUGAAAAUGCUUUGGCAAUAAAGGACACUCUGCCAUGAAGUGGUGUUACUUCAGUGGAAUCGACCUUGAUACAUGUCUCCCAAGUAUGCAAGCUCUAGCCAUAUCUGAAUCAGGAUGGCCUAGCCAAUGUACUGUAGUUCAUGCAGCGGUAACCUUGAGACUGGGUGACUGCAAUGUGGUCUGUGUAGGACCACCCCUGGGCCUGAUCCAGAAGCUCCAGCUGGCGUAGAAUGCAAGGGCUAGACUGCUGAUGGUGGCAGGUGGUAAGCAAUGCCUGGCUCAAGGCUCUUGUGCUGAUACACAGAGCCCUGAACAACUUUGGUCCAGUAUGCCCUGAGGACCACCCUUAUAUCCAAGCCUGGUCAUCUGAGAUCAUCCAGAGGAGCUUUGUUGUUCCCCAUGCCUCAGGUGUCUGCCCGGGUUCAGCUAGAAGUUGGGAGCUUAGUGUUGCCAGUCCUAUGCUGUGUGGAACUGUCCUCCAGCAGAUUGUCACGCACAAGCCUCCCUUUGGCCUUCCAAGUGUCUCUUGAAGACCUUCUUAUGUCAACAGGACUUUUGCAGCUGUUUAAUUUUUAUUUUUGACUGGGCAGUCAUCUUAGCGAUUAUCUGUAUCUUUAUAUUUAAAAUUGUGUUUUACGUUUUGACAUACCAUCUUUAUAUAUUUUAUGAUAUGGUAGUAUUGAAAUGGUUUAAAAAAUAAAUACAACAGUGCAGUGAGAGAUCUCAAGAUGAAACUAAGCCACAGCAGAGUCUCCUUGCUGGGCAAAAUGUAAUUUUUUCCUUGAUAGACUUUUUCGCUCACUUUUAUUAUCAGUCCUGUGUUGAUUACAGCCAGCUGGCCAAUGAGGCAAAAUACAAAGUAUAAAAUACAAAAUAACAACCUCAAUACCUCGCUUUAAGUACGCUUCGGUUUGAGUACUUUCAGUUUAAGUACUCCGUGGACCUGUCUGGAACGGAUUAAUCCACUUUCCAUUACUUUCAAUGGGAAAGUUCGCUUCAGGUUAAGUACAGACUUCCGGAACCAAUUGUGUAGUACUUAAACCGAGGUACCACUGUAAAACCAAUUUUUAAGAAGAAACAACAAGCUAAAAAUUAAUGAUCAAAGCAGGUCCAGGAAACAAGAGAAGAUACAGAUAUUUUGGCAGCUGCUCAGUCAUCAAUUAAUUGGUCUCCUCAAGAAAGUUACUCAGAAGGGUCGCUAAGGAUUGGCCAGGAUACUUUAUCAUAAGAGGGGGAUAUAUUAGGCAUUCUCCAACCCCUGAUUAAAAACUACAGUAAAACAACACAUGAGAGACUAUUUCAGCCUUUUCAGUGAAUUAGAGCAAAUCUGUCUUCUGAAAAUGAAACACUAAAAUGAAUCAAUAAAAUAGCGCUUCUUGAAAAAUUAAAUAUGGCAUGCAGUUAUUGGAAGCAAGCCAAGUCAGGCCCAAUGAUAAGCACUGGACUGACUCAACUAAAGCUUUUAUAACGGAAGGUGAUUACUUUAAAAUCUCUGAAAGUUGGUGGCUAUUGGUAAUUUGAGCGAAAGUUGGUGGAAACGUGUCUCUCACACACCUGACUUGCUGAAGGAGAGAGUUUUUUUGGUGCAAAUCCGACUAGAGAAUGAGGAGCUUGUCUUUUUCAACAAAUGUGUUGUAAGGGUUAUUGUUGCUUUUGGAGUGACAUUCCUUUUCAACAGCUGCUUAGGCUCAGCUUGUAUAAAAACAGGAGUCUCAGUGCAACCAAACUGACCCUGUUUCUUGUUACUUGGUUCAGUCUCUGGAAUCUGCAAUCCAUAUUAAAAGCAGUGGUGUUGAACGGGGAUCAAUGUGUAGAAGCUGCAGAAAACAUGUAUGCAUGAGGGCUGAUCCCUUCAAUUUGGAAGCACCCUCAAAACAGAUCAUGCUGGACUCGAUGAACCAUGAACCAUGAUAUAAAGCAGCUUCCUUCUGUUCCUAUAUGGAGCGAUAUAUUUUGCUGGACUUAACUGGGGCUAGAAGUUUAACAUUGUGAAGCAGCAGAUAGAGUUCCUCACUUGCAAUCAAGUACUUGCCUUGGCAUCUCUUUGCUUACCUGGAGUGACCUCAUAGUAUGUGAAGCCUUAAUUAAUUCCAUUGUGCCUUGACUUGCAGUAAUCUCCUCAAUGUUUGCAUGACUACUAAAGGAUUUAUGUGACAGUGCUGAAGAGUUUACUGAAGAACGUGCAAGGUGGGCAGCCUUCCCAAGCCGUCUUAGGAGAUCCUAUCAGCUCCAUGAUGGGUGUUUUCUCUUCCUUCUCUUGGCCACCCAAAUCUGUGAACACGGUUCCCAACACCCCAUAAUUCAUAAUUUUUGGACCAGUGAGUGUGUUUCAGAGAGUGCUGUGGGCUCCAGCUAAAAAAUGGCUGCUGGGGGGGGCAGUGGCAAAGCAUUCCUUGCUGGUGCACACAUGGGGCUGCACUAUCAGAGUGACCCCCGGCCACUCGAGCUAAUUGGGGCUGCAUUGUGCCACUUGCCUGGCCGACCGUGGGGAGCUUGGCUGGGCAAUGCCGCCCUGCUUUGAUGGGCGCACUCACAGCACCCUGCGAGCCCAGUGCUGCUUUGCAAGACUCACAAAAGUGGUACAUGAAUGACGACUGAACAUAACAUUUUUAGGCACCAGUGGGCAAAAGGGGAAGUGACUUAAAUUUUACUACCUGGGUCUUCUGCUUGCCUUCCAGUUUGAUGAACACAACACAGUUGUGAAACGCCCUAAAAUUGCUGGGUGAAAGGCACCAGAAAGCCAUGUGUAAUUACGUUGCUGAAGGUGUGAUGAUUCUCUAGAUUAAAUAUUCUUGGAAUGUAUGUAUACCUGGGACGUGGGUGGCACUGUGGUCUAAACCACUGAGCCUCUUGGGCUUGCUGAUCAGAAGGUCGGCGGUUCGAAUCCCCACGACGGGGGUGAGCUCCCGUUGCUCGGUCCCUGCUCCUGCCAACCUAGCAGUUCGAAAGCACAUCAGCGGGAAGGUAAACAGCAUUUCUGUGCGCUGCUAUGGUUUCGCCAGAAGUGGCUUAGUCAUGCUGGCCACAUGACACGGAAAAACUGUCUGUGGACAAACGCCAGCUCCCUCAGCCUGUAAAGCAAGAUGAGCGCUGCAACCCCAGAGUCUGCAACCUCAGAGUCGUCUGCAACUGGAUGUAACUGUCAGGAGUCCUUUACCUUUUUUUAUACCUGGUGUUUAUGUUGUGUAGUGCGUAUUCAGUGAUUUCAGCCCAGUGCAGAUAAGAAACUGGAGGCGAGGAUCUGGUACAACAUCUCUUUACUUCAAAGAACAGCUAAAUUAACCAGCGUACAUCAAUGAGGAGUCCAGGCAUGUCUGUGUUUAAACAACAGAAGGUAGAGGACAUUUAUGAAAUUGGCGAAGAGCUAGGAAGCGGCCAGUUUGCUAUAGUGAAGAAAUGCCGAGAGAAGGUCACGGGGAUGGAAUACGCCGCCAAAUUUAUCAAGAAACGACAGAGCCGUGCCAGCCGCCGUGGAGUCCGACGAGAGGAGAUUGAAAGAGAGGUCAACAUCCUCCAGCAGAUCCUUCACGCCAAUAUAAUCAAGCUGCAUGACGUGUAUGAGAACAAGACUGAUGUGGUCCUUAUCCUUGAGCUCGUGUCUGGAGGAGAACUUUUUGAUUUCCUGGCCCAGAAGGAGUCGCUGAGUGAAGAGGAAGCCACACAGUUCAUUAAGCAGAUCCUAGAUGGUGUCAGCUACUUGCAUGACAAGAAAAUAGCCCAUUUUGAUUUAAAGCCUGAGAAUAUUAUGCUGCUAGAAAAGAAUAUCCCCAUCCCGCACAUAAAACUGAUUGAUUUUGGUCUGGCUCAUGAAAUAGAAGAUGGCGUUGAGUUUAAAAAUAUUUUUGGGACACCAGAAUUUGUAGCACCAGAAAUAGUGAACUACGAGCCUCUUGGGCUGGCUGCAGAUAUGUGGAGUAUAGGAGUUAUCACUUACAUUCUGCUUAGCGGGGCUUCGCCAUUCCUCGGAGAUACCAAGCAGGAGACGCUGGCCAACAUCACAGCUGUGAACUAUGAAUUUGACGAAGAGUUCUUCAGCCAUACCAGUGACCUCGCCAAAGAUUUCAUUCGGAAGCUUCUGGUAAAAGAUACCCGGAAACGACUCACCAUCCAAGAAGCUCUCACUCACCCCUGGAUCACGCCAAAGGACAAAUGCCAGGCCUUGGUGAGGCGGGAGUCGGUCAUUAACUUGGAAAACUUCAAAAAGCAAUAUGCCCGGAGGCGGUGGAAGCUUACUUACAGUAUUGUUGCACUGUGCAACCAUUUAUCUCGCACCUUGGUGAGAAAAGUUCGCCUAAUGCAAGAUGAAAGCUUGCGCAAUUGUGAAAGUGACCACGAGGAAGAUCUUCCCAACCGGCCGGCACCUCACCAUCUCUUGAGGAGGAGAAGCAGUAUAUCUUAACUGCACCAAACAGAAACGGGUGUCGGACUGAGAUUUUCAAGUGCCUAACAGCACAGCUCUUGCACAACUGUACACUUUGUCUCAGGGGCUCUUUCUACCCCCAACGUAUAUGCAAGCACAGACCAGAAAGGCUCAUGUAGCCCCUUGGUGACUCUGGGUCCUCCAAAGGCAGGAAGAAGCUGCAAUGAAGUCCCAGUCUUGUUUGGUGCACUAUAAAUUGUCAUAUAGAAGCCAAGAUGGGAGUGGAGUAGGGAAUAUGAGGUGUCAUUUAUAGGGGGGGAAUUGACUCCAUUAUUUUUAGUGCAAAUAACAAGACAAGUGUGUGCAGAGCUGGUGAUCCAGGGGAAAGAGCUGGGCAGGAAACUGAGGUGUUGGAGCAGGAGGAGGCAUGAUAAGAUGGGAAUGGUGUCCAUUCUAGGUGCUCCCCAGGUAGCCAACUGAUCUUGGGUGCUGUGUAGGUGAGAGCAACCUCCACCUUCUUCUUUGAAGCCCUUGAGGGCAACCCAGGAGAUUGUUACUACAAUGGGCGGCAGAGAGGAAGAGCCAAAGCAGGCUGCAGGGUAUUUUUUUCCCAUCAGUCUCUGUUCUCCUGCAGAGUUGGGUGCAUUCGGCAAACAUUUGAUCCUAAUCAGUUAAAUGUGGUGAUUGGGCAUCAGCCCUCAACUCCUGGUGAAGGCCAGAGGAAGAAGCCUCCUUUCCUUGGCACCUGCUGCAUCGUCCUUCUGAAAACACAUCCUGCCUCCCCUGCCUCUCCCCUCACAAGGAUCGAAGCGACUUAGUCAAUGGCACACCUGGGCUCUUCUGCCCCCCCCCAAAUAGCAGGACACCUUAGCCCAGAGUGGAGCAGACACCAAUUUAUUUAUUCAUUUUACAAAAUUUAUACACUCCUUGAUUGUUAAAAGAAAAGCCUCAAAGCGGCUUGCAAAAGAUAAAACAGUAAAAUCUAGAAAAAAUGAAUAGCCCUACUUUAAAAACCACACAAAAGUUAAAAAUACUGAAACAGAUUAAAAUGACUUCAACUUUCUAAGCAUCUAGGUCUAAGCAUUUCUAAGCAUUUGUCUAAAAGGGAUGUUUUCAGCAAGGGGCAUAUUUCAGAUUUAGAGAGAGUCACAAAAUGGCUGCCCUGCGGCAGGUGGAGAUGGCAGGCCAAACAUGGUUGUCGUGGGCAGCAGGCAGGACCGGCGCGUCCAUUAAGGUGAACUAGGCAGCUGCCUAGGGUGCCAAAAUGGAGGGGGCGCUGGCCAGCCUGCACCCCCGCCCCCCUGAAAGGCGGGCGAGGUAGCCCCAGGCUCGCACUCCCUGCGUGCCUCUGGAGAACGGCCUGAAGCCGCUCAACAGCUGAGAGGCACAGUGGAGGCAGCCCCAGGCUAGCGCUACCCGCAUGCCUCCGGAGAGCUGCCUGAAGCCGCUGAGUUCAGCGCCCUUUCCGCGCCCCUGAUGGCCAGGCGCCCUGGCGCCUUGCACCACCCAACCCGGGCCUAGGGACGGCCCUGGAGGCACCCUCUCCGCUCCCUCGCUCGCUCGAGCCGGGCCUACCCCUCCAGCAGCUAGCGCGCCGAGAUCAGGCUCCAGAUGAAGCAGGGGAAGGCCGUGCCAGAAACAGGGAAGGCCGCUAGCUGACAAGGUAAAGAAACUGCUUUUUACCCCUUCCCCUCACCAACAACCAAGGAACUCUCUUUUUAUUUUUUAUUUUAUGUUUAUUUUUCAUUUUAUUAUUUUUUAUUCCACUUUUCCUUUUUUCUAAAAAAGGUCAACAACUCUGGGAAAUGGGGGGGGGGGGCUGCCAGAUGGUGAUCUCGCCUAGGGCACAAAAAACCCUAGCACCGGCCCUGGCAGCAGGCAUAACUCAAAAGUUUGAGAGUGCAGUCAACACUGCUGCUCCCCCUCCCCUGCUCCAGCUGCUCUAGCCAACCUCAUGCUUACUAUGGGAAAUCAGAUUUGUUCUGCUGGUAGAUAUAGAGAUGUUAAAGGCACAAUAACCCUGUUUUCCCCAGUGACGGCCCUAAACCAAAGCCUAGGUUGCCAUCCUGGACACAGUUACUUAGGACUAAGCCCCAUUUAAACACAAAGAGUCUUGCUUCUGAAGUAGACAUAUAUACCAUUGUUUGGUCAAGUGAAUUCCUAAUACGCCUAAACAUCAGCUCCUGCACAACCAGAGACAUGCCUAAGUGUCUUUGCAAAGUUUUCACAUUUUGCAUUUGCCAUUUGGAUAGGGGAUUCUUUAACAUUGUCAGGCACCUAUUAUGCCAGGAUUACCUGAUCUGAGAAGAACCCACCUCAGGAAAAAUGCAUCCUCGUUUCUAGGGGAAAAGGAAGGGCAAACUAUGGAGAUAUAAAGACUUCUAGAAAAUGAUUCAUCUGUUGUCCUUUGAGUCAAUAUGGUCAAACUUGUGCUGUAAUUCCUGCUGUUCUUCCCCCUCCCCUGCGUGAUUUAUUUCAUUCCAAUAUAUUUCAUCCCAUCCGCCACAUGUUUCUGCUUCCUGAGUCCUGUUGGGAUAGGCCUAUGGAGGCUCUGUUCUCGAAAUUUAUGUUCCUAGUUCUUGGUUUCCUCCUCCUCCUCCUCCUCCUCCUCCUCCUCCUCCUCCUCCUCCUCCUCCUCCUCCUCCUCCUCCUCCUCCUCCUCCUCUUCUUCCCUGCCUUCAUCACCUACCUGGAACGAAGAGAAGCCUGCUGGGACAGCUUUACAUGUCUUUUCAUGUAGUAUUAAAGGGGAAAGGGGAAACAGUACUUUGCUCCUAGUGAGUUAUAAGCCAUACUGCUGUUUCUACCAACAUAUUCAAUUUUAUUUUGGAAAUGUACUCUUCAGUUAAGUUAGUUGUAUCAUGUUGAAAAAUCACUCUGCUGUGCUUUGUGGUCCUUUGGUGCCAUAGUCUUCUGCCCAGAUCUCCAUGUUUUUUACUUAAGGUUUGUGUGUGAGUAUAUAUUUUCAAACCUCAUUAUGGUCAGCAUUUUGCUUAUGCACUUGUAUUUUGAGUUUUGAUAUUCACUGUGAUGUAUGGUGUGUUUUUGUUUUUCGCUUUUUGGUUGUGUUGCAAAAAUUUCCAAUGUACGUUUGUUGGAAUUGCCCUCUCCUCUGCAUCUCCAAAGACAAAACACCAGUGAGUUAAAUGUUUGAGGGCAACUUCUUACAUUCAUAGCAAAUUAUCCAAGAGGCAAGACCUGUGAUCUUUCACAUCCCGGGGGGGGGGGAGUAAAGUACUCCAGGACGUGUUAAAUCUCAGCUUUCAGACGCUCUUUUCUUUGCCUGCUCUUCCAUUUUGAAGUUGCCAUUCCUUUUGUCCUCGAGGCACAGUUCCCCCCCCAUCCAAUAUAAUCAAUUGCAGCAUGUGUACCUAUUUAAGGGACCCAGGUGGCGCUGUGGGUUAAACCACAGAGUCUAGGGCUUGCUGAUCAGAAGGUCGGCAGUUCAAAUCCCUGCGAAAGGGUAAGCUCCCGUUGCUCAGUCCCAGCUCCUGCCCACCUAGCAGUUCGAAAGCACGUCAAAGUGCAAGUAGAUAAAUAGGGACUGCUCGGGCGGGAAGGUAAACAGUGUUUCCGUGCGCUGCUCUGGUUUGCCAGAAGCAGCUUUGUCAUGCUGGCCACAUGACCCAGAAGCUGUCUGCGGACAAACGCUGGCUCCCUCGGCCUAUAGAGCGAGAUGAGCGCCGCAACCCCAGAGUCGGACACGACUGGACCUGAUGGUCAGGGGCCCCUUUACCUUUUAAGCAGCCCCUCUACCCGCUUUUCUCACGUUGUGUUCUGUUAUCAGCUGUAUACCAAAUGUACCACCCCUCUUAUCCUGAGGAACAUUUUCCAGAAUAAAACAGUUACAUACAUUUGCUUUGUUAGGAGCAUAACGAGUUAAAAAUCCUAAACAUGAUACUGUAUUUGGGCAUUAGAUCUGUAAUACACAUUGAAGAAUAUACAGAAGGUUAAAAAAAAGAAAAGAACUGAUUUGCAGAAGAUUCAGGAAUUCUGGGGCUCAUCCACUCCAUGGAAGCAAGUUGCAGUUGUUCACUCCUGUAGAGCAACUGCACCUACAGUGGUACCUCGGUUUAAGUACACAAUUGGUUUCGGAAAUCUGUACUUAACCUGAAGCGGACUUAACCUGAAGCGGACUUUCCCAUUGAAAGUAAUGGAAAGUGGAUUAAUCCGUUCCAGACGGGUCCGCGGAGUACUUAAAGUACUCAAACCGAAGCAUACUUAAACCGAGGUAUGACUGUACUUCCACCUGCAAAGGACACUUUAAAGGCUAGAGAAUGCAGGAAAUAAAGCUCAGGUUUGCUGUGUUCAGCUGGUCAUAAUGCAGAAAGGGGAAACUGUGUGCCAUGGUACCAGUAUUACAUUAAGCUUGGCACCGUAAUCUUGAUCAACUGCAUCAGUGUUUUAACAUGCGUAGCAUCACUUGAGAUUGAUUGUACGGGAGAUCAUUCAGCAUUCAGCAGCUACAUAAACCAAAUCAAUGCAAUCUGCAUUGCAAAGGAGUUUAGCUCAUUGCAGUAACGGGAAAUGUUUGAACCAUUUCCAAUGUGAAGUUCACAAACUGCCUUUGAGGUUUGAGGCAGUGAAAGCUUUGACUUGUUCCAAAUGUGCAUUUUGCAGUUAAAAAUUGCAAGCUUUGUUUAAAACCUGCUUAUUGGUGCCUUAUUAAAGGUCAGAUUAUUCAUCCAUCUAGCCCAGCAUUGUCUCCUCUGAUUGGCAGCAACUCUCCACAGGGAUCAUGGGCAGAGAGGAGGGUCUUUUCCAUCACCUUGCACCUGGAUCUUUUUUUAAACCAUAGAUGCUUAAUAUGAAUUGGACUUGGAAGCUUCUGCUGGUGCUCUACCACUGAGCUAUGGUCCUGAAUUGGCUAGGGACUAACAUAGCAUGUUCAGUGUAACCACCUUCUCAUUCCAUGGGUAGAAAAAAGCAAGUUACCUGCAGAUUCCCUAUCCACAAUCUGAGAGGCACACCCCACAAUUCCUUCCAAUGCCAGCAUGUGAACCAAGCCAACUGUGGCACUUGCAUAUCUGACAUUGCAACACUCAGUAGCACCUUUGCUAGAUGUUGUACAGUUGUGAUACCCCCACCUUAAAAAAAACCAGUAAUUCAAAACAGUCUCUUGAUGUGAUUGUGCACUCAGGCUGGCCCUAAACGCAUGUUCCACCAGGCACAAUAAACGUCUUCCCUUUGUUUAAGAAUCUGUCUCCUGUGCCAAGUCACAGUUGUUGCUUUUUGAGGGUACAGCAAAGAUCUGGCGUCUGCAUGUUUCCAAUAGCAGCUACCUCUGCUGGCUAUCUGAUACCUCCUUUGCGUGGAUGGAGUGGGCACAGGAGGUGUUGGUGAUGAAAUGGGCCUCUGCAGCCAAAAGCUCCUGCCUCAGUCCUAACAUUGGUGCAGUGGAAAAGCCACCCAUUGGUUUUAAUGCUUGCUUUGAAGGUGGGACUCGGUGAAGUGCAAGGAGCUAAAGUCCUGGCAAGGUUCAGGUUGCACUGGAUAGAAUGGGUGGUGAUUUGGAAAGGAACUGAAGGCUACCCAUCCCAAGUGACUCAGCCACCUGCAAAAGGGUAGUGGAGAUUCACAAUCAAUGCAAGUGAGGGUUCAGGGGAAGGGAUGAUAGAGCUGGGUCAGGGAAAGUGGGUCUUGAUGCACUUGUUCCUAGGGCUGGCCCUACCAACAGGGUCAGCCCAAGUGAAGCAGUAAAUGGUGGGGAGUGACAGCAGCUGUAGCAGCCCCCACUGAACUUUCAUCCUCUGCUCCCCCAGUAUGGGUAAAAUCAGGCUGUGGAUGUAAAUUCAGCAAACCCAUCAAAAGAGAAAAGUAGGAUAGGAAUGGACAAAGCCACAAAACCUUUGUGGCAAAUAUUCAUCUCUGGCCCCGCUUCAGUUCUCUGAGUUUUGGCCCUCUGGGAAGAGAAUUCAGGUGGCAGUGGUGUGGAUGGCCUCUGCUCUACCCACUGAGCUGUCACCAGAUGGUUCUUUAAAGCCAGCUCAGUGCAUGACCAGGACUGUGCAGCUGGGCUUGCGGGUGUGGGCAGGCAGCUUCAUUUGGUGCUCUGCCUCAGUUGGGCGGCACAACAUCUAGCCCCAGCUCUGCCGCUUCAUCCAAACCUGUAGAAACCGUGAUCUCCCAAAGGAUUCUGCAUGUAAAACCACUUAGCAUAAUUGUGGGGUAGUGGUUGCAGCUGGCCAAGAUGGCUUUGAAAGGGGAUUCAAGAGGAAAUCCCCUUUAUUAUUGGGGGGAAGAGGAGAGGCCCAUCAGUGACUACUAGUCUUCAUAGUCUUCAUGGCUAAUAUGCUUAUUG